GCAGCCGCUCAUUACUCCCCCAAGCUCCCAAACAUUUUGGGAGAGAAGAAGAAGAGAAAUUGAAUUAAUCAAUCCAAACCAAAAUCCAAAAUCCAAAAAAAAAAAAAAAAAUUCAAAACCGUAACCCUAAUCUCAUCAUCUCUCACGCCUCUGCAUUUCGCCCGAGAAAAUGGAUGCGAUCGGAGUCCUGAUGGUGUGUCCGAUGUCACCCUACCUCGAGCAAGAGCUCGAAUCCCGAUUCAAGCUCUUCCGCUUCUGGAACUUCCCUCAGAAGAAGGAGUUUCUCAAAGUCAACUCUUCUUCGAUCCGAGCCGUAGUCGGCACCGCCACCGCCGGCGCCGACGCCGAUCUCAUCGAAUCGCUUCCGAGUCUGGAGAUCGUCGCGAAUUUCAGCGUUGGAUUGGAUAAGGUUGACUUGGUGAAGUGUAAGGAGAAGGGAAUUAGGGUUACCAAUACGCCCGACGUGUUGACGGAAGACGUGGCGGACUUGGCGAUCGGGCUCAUUCUGACGACGCUGAGGAGGGUUUGCGAGUGUGAUCGGUAUGUGAGGAGUGGGUUGUGGAAGAAAGGGGACUUCAAGUUGACUACAAAGUUCAGUGGCAAAUCAGUAGGCAUUAUUGGACUUGGCAGAAUUGGGUUAGCAAUUGCCAAGAGAGCAGAAGCAUUUGGCUGCCCAAUCAGUUAUUACUCCAGAUCACAAAAGCUAGAUUCAAAAUACAAAUAUUUCCCAAGCGUCAUUGAGUUAGCCUCCAACUGUGCUAUUCUGGUUGUUGCGUGUCCUCUAACCGAUGAAACUCAUCAUAUCAUCAACCGCAAAGUCAUUGAUGCAUUGGGUCCUAAGGGUGUCCUCAUCAAUAUUGGGAGGGGUCCUCAUGUUGACGAACCUGAGUUGGUAUCUGCUCUGAUUGAAGGCCGGUUGGGUGGUGCUGGACUUGAUGUGUUUGAACAUGAGCCUGAAGUACCCGAACAGCUCUUUGGGCUUGAUAAUGUGGUCCUCACCCCUCAUGUAGCAAGUGCAACUGUGGAAACCCGCAAGGCCAUGGCUGAUCUUGUGAUUGGAAACUUGGAGGCACACUUUUCAAAGAAACCACUGUUAACUCCAGUGGUUUAAUUGUGUUGUAAUUGUAGUGAAAUGGAUGAUUGAUUGGAGGUCUUACCUUGCAGCCUGGUGCUUAUGUCUUUCAGUUUUAGAGAUCAUUGUUUCUAGAACUGGGCAGAUAAACCCUUACGAGAUGCAAACCUCUAAUUAUCCUUCUAAAUUAUUUCUUAGGUAUUUUGGCACUUGCUGCACAUAGAGGAAAGCCUGGUUUGGGUCAAGUGUAUCUGUCCAAUCUUAUGCUUAUCUUCUUCAAAAUAAUUUGAAUUGACUGGGCCAUUCAUGGACUAACCAGGGAAUGAGUAGGUUGAGUCUGGUUUUGGGCUCUUCUUUUGUUGGUCGUUGAAAUGGCAUUUUUUUUUUUCGUCUUUAAAGGUUUGAAUAAAGGAGUUUUUGUUUAUUUGGA